GCAGACCUGCAGAGAGUUGUUCUCUCAUUCUGUAGAAUGAGACUGAAGAAUGUGUAGACAAAUAAAUGUUUGUAUUUUCUUAGUCUCUUUAAGAUUGCUUGGAAACAUUGCUUGGAUGUACGAUGGAUCUGCCAUCUUCAGGACAUUUAUAGGACAUUCAGGACAUUUAUUUAUAGAAACAGAGAUGUCUCCAGUGUGGGGCAAUUAAGGAUAAAUUUCCAGCCUUUUUUAAAGGUUUGACAUGAUUUAAUGACACGAUGACCUGCUUCCUAGCCUGCAUGUUCACGUUGCUUCAAAUAUGUCUAACACCAUCUGAAGCAAUUCUUUCUCCUCCAAAGAAUCUGACUGUGGAAUUAUUGGAUUUUAAGGCUACAGCUGAAUGGCUUCCUGGACAAGGAAAUCCUCCUGACACCAGAUACUCUUUUGAGUUUAUAAGUGCACGAAAUAUGUCCGGAGGAAAGUGGAAUCGCAUUCCACACUGCACUAACACGACCAUACUGAAAUGCGAACUGACUUUUGAUGGGCAAGUUAAUGAGCUUCACUGGAAUUAUUUUGUGAGGGUCAAGACAACAUUUAAAGGGACGAGCUCCAACUGGACAACUACAUCAAAGUCUUUCCAGCCAUAUGGAGACACACGCCUGAGUCCCCCAAAUGUAAAAAUCUCGGCUGAACAAAAGUCCAUUAAAAUUGAUUUUAGUCAUUGGCUGGAAUUAAACCAAGAGCUCAAACCACUGGAAUACCUGCUGUACUUUUUUGAGAGCAGUCCUGCCGGGGAAUCAAAGUUUGUAGCACUGAUAUCAGCCUAUGAAUCUCCCUACACUUUCCAUGAUGUGCCAUCUGGCAAGAACUAUUGUGUUAGUGUUUCUGCCAGUCAUCAACAAGCCUCGAAGAACAGUAACUUCAACACCACCAAAUGUGUAUUUCUAUCAGAUUCUACUAGAAGCUUUGUGCUAGUGGUGUGCAUUGUGGCCAUGCUGCUGAUUAUUUUUUCAACUGGGAUUUUUUUUUAUUUUGGUUUUUUUUACCACAUGUGGCUUCAUAUCAGGAAUCUCUGCAUUCCAAACCCUUUGAUUGUUAGACCAGAAUAUAAAAGGGUCCUAAAACCAACCCAUGAAGAACCCCAGCCUAUUACAGUGACAAAAAAAGACAUACAGAGACGUUUUUCUUCAUCGGAGGAAGACUCCAAGGAUAGCUCUAGGAUCUAUCAACCGAGAGAAAACCUUACAUCAUCCAUCGCCAGUGUCAACCCACCAGAGCAAGAUGAGGAGGCUGAGGCAUCAAAUCAGUUUGAUAAGUACACACUAGCUAAUUAUUUAGAAGAUAGUGAAAAAAAUGACAUAUCUGAAAUGGAUGAAGACAGUAUGCAUCCAGGUAGUGAAUCUGAAUCGGGAUUCAGUGCCACUUUAAACAGUUCAAGAUCAUCCAAAAUACUACAAACGGUUACUGUGAACACGUUUGUAUACUCAGAGAUGGAUAGAAAUUAUGCAGAAGAAACUCUUUCCUGUUCUUCUGGAAGUGACUGUGAAAGAGAAGUGCCUGCUGAGUUGGAGGAGGAAAGCUGCAUGCCUGAUUCUAACUCAGAGAGUGUCUAUGAACCAAGACCUGACAAAGUAUUAUGAACUUCCAAAUGUCUACUAUCUAAACCAGGGAUCCUCAAAUCUGGCCCACGAGAUCCACUUUCCUGCAGAGUUUAGCUCUAACCCUAAUCAAACACACCUAGCAUGCUAAUCAGUGUCUUCAAGAUCAUUAGAAAAUCACAGGUAGGUGAGUUUGAUCAGGGUUGGAGCUAAACUCUGCAGUAGAUUGGCCCUCCAGGGUAAGAUUUGAGAAACCCUGAUCUAAACUAUGAAGGCCCUUAAAGAGGAUCUACAUAUCCUGAACCUACUUCCAAAGGUGGAGUCUGCAACCAAAUUCAAGCAGAAAAGUAUCUACCGUUCAGGAAUAAGUUGGAGCUACACAUUCGGCAACUCGUCACAUGACCAGUCGAUAAAUGGCCGUUCAGACACUUUGAUAACGGACUCCAGGUGCUACAAGAAGCAAGUUAUGAUUCAGUGCAAUACCUGACUGACCUGAAAUAUUGGACAAUUGAAAUUCUAAGUGUAUUCUUGUGUGUUGUAUGUAAUGCAAAAUACAUACCAUAAUUAUGGAAUAAUACCAUAAUUUACACAAAUUGGGAUCUAAGACCACUGUAGUGAAUAUCUCUGUAUAUAAAAUCUGAUGAAAGAUGAAAAUUACUUGGAAACAACUGCUAAAUUGUAAAUGGUGGUCACUCCAAAAAUUUGAUUUAUGUAAUAGAAGUUAAUGGUUAAAUUUAAAAAACAAAAAAAACAAAAACACUACCAUUGGCAUUAUUUGGAAACAUACUCUCUUUAUAGCAUCCUCUCACAAGUGCUUAAAAAGUAUAUUUUGCAGUUCCCACAAUUAUUUUAAUGUAAUUCUCUCUCUCUUUUUUUUUUUUUUUUUUUGUCUUUGUGUGAUUUUAAACUGUCUCGAGGAUAGUUUGUAAGAUAGUUCAUAAUUUGUCUCCUGUUUGUAAGAUUCUUUGUCCAUACAAAAAUCUCACUGAAUUAUUACAGUAUUUGUAAAAAGAAUGUUUGGAAAUAGAAUGUUUGGCACACUAACACAAAAUAUCUUCAUGUAUCUUUCAUGAAUUUUUACUGUGCUGGUUUUAUUUUCAUGUCGUAUCCUACCAUAUGUAUGUCAGUGUGUUUAUGUACAAACACUUGUUUUCUGUAAAGCACUGUCUAAACAUAUAUAUAACCAAAGAUUUUAUCAUCAUCAUGGGUCAUUAUAUAUAUUGGGGGACUGUCUUGUAUUUAAAAAAUUUGAAGGCCUGAGAGUGUGAAAGUUUUAUGUUUACAUGAAAUGUUACAGACUGUAAUGCUGC